AUGGCCAAAAAAAUUUGUGCGUGUUGGCAAGAAAUUUCGUUUCAUUGGAAUGCGACAUUGAUCGGGCGGGCAGCUGGCGGCGGUCGCGGCGGCGGGCUCCCGUACCGCCCCGACGAGCACGCCCCCCUCCACGAGCUGCGCGGCGAGGGCCAGCCACGUGCAGCGCGAGGCAGGUCCAGGCGGCCUUGCGCGCGGGGGCAGCGAGCGGCGCGCGGGCCCAAGGAGCAGGGCGGCACGCGGGCCCAAGGAGCAGGGCGGCACGCGGAUGGUCUAGGCGCGGCGCCGUCCAGCUGCUCGCCCCGGCUGCUCCCGCGCCCUGACGGCGAGCUGCAGACGUCCGCGCCGGGUGCCGAUUCCCGUCCUCCUGCCAUCCUGGUACUAGUCUCCUCCUCCCGCACCGCGCCCUCGAUUCACCCGCCUCCGGCCGUCCUGGAGAGGCCCUGCGCGGAUGGAGCCUUCCGGAUGGACACCGGUCGGAGGUUGGUGGAUAGGAUGCCUAUCAAUCCCAAGAUUGCCGUGUUUGAGAGCACACAGGAGAGGUGACAACCUAGAGAAUGGAGUGAAGGCUUGCGGAAGAAUUGGGCACAAGAAAUAGCAUGUCAAACUUUACAGCUAGCUGAGGCGCUGCUGCUUUGUGGCGUUAAUGCAAAAACAUUGAGUCAAUUGACGAAUUAUAAAAUAUUAAUGGCCCUUUCAUCAAUAUCACAUUAUCCUCUCCUCCGCAUUCAGCUUGACAUUCUCUAUUUCUUGUUUGACAAAAAUAUGAUGCGGCAAAUCUAAUAUCUUGUGGAGGUUUAUCGUUGGACAAAGCUUCAGGGAAAAAACACCCUAAACUUUCUUACUCAUAAAUCACAUUUUAAGCUGUCUCAACGUUAUUUAACCUUUCGCUUGCUCUAUUUAA